UCUCUCCGCGCGUCACCCAGCCAUGUCGAAAGUCACCUCGCGCGCCAACGGCGGCCAGGUGCGCCAGGGCGAAGCUGGCGGUGCGUCUCCUCUCUCCAAAUCCCUCUACAGCUUAUCUUUGAAGCCCUCUUCUCGUCCCCGUACUGAUGCCGCCUCAGACGUCUGCCCAGUAUGCAAGUCGUCGCGCUACCUCAACCCGAACAUGAAGUUCCUCGUCAACCCAGAAUGCUACCACAAGAUGUGCGAGUCGUGCGUGGACCGCAUCUUCAGCCACGGCCCGGCGCCGUGUCCGAUUGCCGGGUGCGCGCGGACGCUCAGGAAGGGCAAGUUUAGGGAGGCGACGUUUGAGGACUUGAAGGUCGAGAGGGAGGUGGAUAUCCGGCGGCGGGUGGCUUCUAUCAUGAACAAGGAAGAAAGCGACUUCGAGACGCUCAAAGACUACAACGACUACCUCGAGCAAGUGGAGGAGAUCACAUGGAACCUGAUCCUCAAGAUCGACGUCGACGAGACAAACCACCGCCUGCAGCGCUGGGCCGACGCGCAAGCCGCAGAGACAGGCGCCACCCGCCGCACCUACGAGCCCGACCCGUCGAUGGCGGGUGCGUCGGGCGUCGUGCUGAAGAAGGGCGGAACGCAGCGGAGGGCACUCGAGACGUCAUCUGGCAACACGACGGACACGAAUGUCAAGGACAAGGGCUUCAAUUUUCACGGACUGAAGAAGAAGGUCGCGCCGCCGCCAGAAGCUCCUUUUGACCCCUUCGACGGCUGGAGCAUAGCACCGCAGUACUACACGCUGCAGAACGACUACGACGCCGACUGGCUUACUAAACACAAAAGGGAAAAGGAACAGUUGGUAGGAGGGUACCAGUGGAGCGACUUCUACAAUCGCGCACUACAGGACGCAUUUGGUGGUCUGACAGUCUUCAUCGACGACGAGAUCAGAGCAAGAGACAUCCCGUCCGGGGACGCAGCCAUUGGCACCGAACGAGCGGCCACUGCCGCCGCAGGAGGACAGGAUGUGAAUAUGGAUGACAUUUUUUGAGCUUACAUGAUACCCGGCUUCUGCCAUAGAUACAUUGGGCGGCGUUUGGAGCACCACUCUCCGUACACGUGAAACGAUAUUAGACUU